AUGCUCACUAUAACUAGUUAUUUCGGUUUUUUACUAGUGGUUUUAAUUAUAACCUCAUCUCUAUUUAUUGGUCUGAGUAAAAUACGACUUAUUUGA